UUGUGCUAUCCAGGGAUUUAUUGGAUCUACUUAGCUUCCACUGGAAACAAUUGGAAAGCUAGGAUUGGCUGACAGAUGUCAGCUACUUCCUGGUUUUGAUGAGAGCACACUGCAGGAAGCAGAAAACCCUGGGGACUUGCAGCAAACAAGAGAAACUUCAAUAAGAGAACCACGCUUCCCUAUCCCACAAUGCACCGGAGGGAGCUGCGCCGCUCUGGCACUCUGCAGACCAUCGAGCUCCCUGGCUCGGGCUCCUCCGUGCACGAUCUGUUCGGGGUAACCAGAGAGAUGACCACGCUGGUACUGGACAAUGGCGCGUACACUGCCAAGCUGGGAUACAGCCACGGGCAAGCGAGCAUCAUUCCUAACUGUCAGUUCAGAUCAAAGACAGCUCGUUUGAAAACAUUUACUGCUAAUCAAAUUGAUGAAGUUAAAGAUCCAUCUGGGCUCUUCUAUAUUCUGCCAUACCAGAAGGGUUACUUGGUGAACUGGGAUGUCCAGAGACAAGUUUGGGAUUAUCUUUUUGGAAAGGAAAUGUUCCAGGUGGAUUUUGUAGAUACCAACAUCAUUAUCACCGAGCCCUAUUUUAACUUCUCUUCAAUACAAGAGUCGAUGAAUGAGAUAUUAUUUGAAGAAUAUCAGUUCCAGGCAGCUCUCCGAAUUAAUGGUGGAGCUCUAAGUGCACACAGAUAUUUUCGGGACAACCCAUCAGAACUGUGUUGCAUCAUUGUUGAUAGUGGUUAUUCCUUUACACACAUUGUGCCGUAUUGUCGAAGUAAGAAAAAGCAAGAGGGUAUAAUAAGAAUAAACGUUGGUGGAAAACUAUUAACUAACCAUCUAAAAGAGAUAAUUUCAUACAGACAGCUACAUGUAAUGGAUGAAACCCAUGUAAUUAACCAAGUAAAAGAGGAUGUGUGCUAUGUAUCUACAGACUUUUACAAGGAUAUGGAGACGGCAAAACUGAAAGGGGAAGAUAACUCUGUUAUGGUAGAUUAUGUGUUGCCCGACUUCAGCACAAUCAAAAAAGGGUAUGUUAAGCCCAGGGAAGAAAUGGUGUUUAGUGGCAAGCCCACGGCUGGGGAGCAAAUACUACGGCUGACAAAUGAGAGGUUUGCGGUUCCUGAAAUCCUUUUCCAUCCUUCAGACAUUGGGAUUCAAGAAAUGGGCAUUCCAGAAGCCAUCGUACAUUCCAUUCAUAAUCUUCCAGAAGAAAUGCAGCCUCAUUUCUUCAAGAAUAUUGUUCUUACUGGUGGAAACACCUUGUUCCCGGGGUUCAAGGAGCGGGUGUUCCAGGAGGUUCGUAAACUCACUCCGACAGACUACGACGUUUCAGUAUAUUUACCGGAGAACCCCAUUACGUAUUCUUGGGAAGGCGGGAAGUUAAUCUCUGAAAAUGAUGACUUUGAAGACAUGGUAGUAACCAGAGAAGAAUAUGAGGAAAAUGGACACUGUAUUUGUGAAGAAAAAUUUGAUAUAUAGUUUGUGUUAAAAAAAUUAAUCUGUAAAUAUUUCCGCACUGGCUAGCGUUUGUAAACUCAUUUUUUAAGUAUUUAUUUAAUGUAGGUUUCUAUUAAAAUGUACAAAAAUUGUU